GAGCCCUCUACAGGGACAUCAUGCAGGAGAACUAUGAGAAUGUGACCUCACUGGCAGGUGAUGCAAUGGUAUGUGACAAAGAGGAGCAGAAUUCUCAGAAGGAAAAUAUUGAGCAAGUGGAUAAACACAGAGCAUUAUCGCAAAGAUCGAAAAGGAAUGUGUCCAGGAGUCAUGAGCAGGGAAACUCCUGUGAGAUUCAGCGCAGACCAGAAAGAGAACAGGGAAACCAUCCAGGGGAGAAAGUGGGUAAAUGUAUUUCCUGUCGGGGAACUCAGAAGGACCUCAAUGAAACCACAACACAGCAGGAAAUCCUCAGGGGAAAGAGAAAAAAUACAUGCACUGAGGAUGGGAAAAUUUUAUGUGACUACUCAGUCCUUAUUAAGCAUCAGAGAAUCCACACAGGAGAGAGGCCCUAUGAAUGUCAUGAGUGUGGGAAAUGCUUCACUAAGAGCUCAUCCCUUUCUGAACAUCAGAGAAUCCACACAGGGGAGAGGCCCUAUGAAUGCAGUGAGUGUGGGAAAAACUUCACUCACAGAUCAGGCUUUUUUCGCCAUCAGAGAAUCCACAGAGGGGAGAGGCCCUAUGAAUGUAGUGAGUGCGGGAAAAGCUUCAAUCGCAGCUCGCACCUUAUUCGGCAUCAGAUAAUCCACACAAGAGAGAGGCCCUAUAAGUGCAGUGAUUGUGGGAAAAGUUUCACUAAGAGCUCAGCCCUUUCUGAACAUCAGAAAAUCCACACAGGGGAGAGGCCCUAUGAAUGCAGUGACUGUGGGAAAACUUUCAAUCGCAGCUCGCACCUUAUAAGGCAUCAGAGAAUCCACACAGGGGAGAGGCCCUAUGAAUGCAGUGAGUGUAGUAAAAACUACACUACCAGCUCAGCCCUCUCUGAACAUCAGAGAAUCCACACAGGGGAGAGGCCCUAUGAAUGCAGUGACUGUGGGAAAACCUUCAAUCGUAGCUCAAACCUUUUUACCCACCAGAGAAUCCACACAGGGGAAAGGCCCUAUGAAUGCAGUGAGUGUGGGAAUACCUUCUCUUGGUACUCAGAGCAUUUUAGCCAUCAGAGAAUCUGCAAGGGAGAUCAACACCAUAAAAACCUCUAGUGCUAUCAAUACUUUUUCUUUAAAAAUUUUCCUGAUUCCCACAUAGUAACUUUUGAAGCUGUUUGAACUGUUUGCAGCACUGUUAUCCUUCAACUUGACCAGAUGAGUGGCCCAGUUUUGCCUUUUUGCAGUUUCCCCUGUUUUGAGGUGGACCCAUUUGUCCUUUCUAUCAACUCCAUUGUCUCAUGAGUAAUGGAAGUGUGCCCUUCCUCUCAGGAACCAGGGACCAUCAGAUUUAUACCAUUCCUCCUAUUGCAAAGUUAUUGUUAGAGUCACCAAUGAGUCAGAUGAUAUCAUUGCCAGUUAUUCUCACAUUGCUCUGGGUUGUGCUGAAGAGCAGUAAUAUUGGGAACUUUACAAAUUAUAUGUAAAUGAAGAGGACCAGAGGCAGGGAAAAAAGUGUCAUUUCAGCCCCUGUGACACCAGAAGGAUACAGGGUGACUCAGAGAUUCCCUCCUUCCCCAUCACCGCAGAACUGUUACCUUUUGUGUGAGCCAUGCAGAGUUUAUCUUCUUCACAUUCUAUCCAUCCACUUCUCAAAGUGUCAUGUGAUGAAGCAUUCUCCAUUGUCUGUGCUUGGAGAUGAUGCUUUGACUUCUUUAAUCCUAUAUCAGAGUCACUAUGAGUGGAGAUGAAAGUGUCAAAGACCUGAAAGGGAAAUUCAAAUGAAUCCCAAACACAGUUUGAUCAUUUAGAGUUUAAAUCCGAGGUUCCAUCUAUUGGUAAAGCCACUUCUUACAAGGUAGCUAUUUUGUCCCCCAUUAUGGCAAUGCUAGGAUACUAAAAAUGUUGUAAAUAACAUAACUGACUAUUGAAACAGUGGUGAGUGAAGCAGGUUUGAAUGAAUCAGAGGAGAAUGUGAUGGGAGAAUGUCUUGUCCUGAUUCUGAAUAAUCAGAUGUAACCUGCUCUGGAAUUUCACUUGACACUUCCAUUGUCAUAUAUUCUGUCUCUCUGUGGUGUGGGUUUCUAUCUUUCCUGAAGGCUGUUUGGUCACCCAGUUGGAUAUUAGUUCAGUUUGAUAUGAUGUAGCUCAGAUUUAUUGGAGAACUUAAGACAUAUGACCAUUAGCUAAAGUCAUCAUUUCUCACUUCAGCUUUGCUUUUUCCCCAUCCCUCUAUGAUGACAUGGAGAAAGUUCAAGUGCAGAUCUGUCAACAGGAGAGAACUCUCCAAUUUACUGGACAUGCUAACAAAGAAACAGCAGUGAUUUAAAAUCUCCAUUCAGAAAUGGUGAACAACAGCAAACCCCAACUAACUGAAGGAAAUGCAUAUGAUCACAGUGUAGUUCAAUUGUUAAAGUCAAUAUUGUCUCAGAUGAUCUGGGGAGAGAAUUCCACGGUAAGUGAUUUUGAAGUAGGCAAAAUGCCCAUGUAUUUGAUUGCCAAAUCAUGUGUAGCCCAGGCCCUACAAAAGAUCUCUCCUAGCUAAUUCUAUGUUAUGGGGAAUGCUGCCCUUCAUGACACAGAUGUUGAGAAAAUAGAAGUGGGUUUUUUGUUGAAUUUAUCCUUUGUAGGUGUUGAAAAUGUGUAUAAAAUCAGUUUUGGAAAUCUAAUAGCUGCAGAAAAAUAGCUAUUUUUGAGUAGAAUCUCCAGCUCUGGUAACAAACAAAGUUUAUGAUCUAGCGCUGUAUCCAGUCCCUUGCCUGGAACUGUGCCACCUAAUUAAAGAAAAGCUGGGCAUGCUUCGGGAAGCCAUUCCUCACUAACAUGGCUAAGAUUUGGAGUGGUUUUGUAAAGGAUUCUACUUCAGACAAGUGUAAAUUUACCCUAACCAAGGUCAAGGAUUUGGAAAGAACUGGGGUGGAAAGAAUACACACUCAGUUCUUGGUUUCCACCCCAGUAAAGGAAGCUAUGGGGACCAAUGACCCAAGGAAAAUUGUUUGUACAACUCCACUUCCUAGUUCAGUGUCACUGAUUACAGUUCCAGAGGAUACCAGGGUUAGACUGAGAACAAUCAUCCUUCACCAUUUGGAUGAAAAGAGAGAGUGCUUCAUAGGACAUUCCUUCCCCGUGAAUCCCAAACUGGCUGCCUGAUUGGGUAACAAGGACUUUCAGGCUGUAGAAAUGAUGGUAACCCAUGAGGCAACUAAUGUGUCAGGCUCCAAUUUCAGACUUCUGGAUACUCGCAUGUUGAGUCCUGAUUCUAUGGUUUUGUGUCUGACGCUAUAGCUAUACAAUAAAGCUGAUGUCGGCGCAGCUGCAUAAUGUAGCUGCGCUGCUGUAGCACUGCUAUUACAGAUGCUCUCAGCCAAUGGGAGCGAUUUCUCCCAUCAGACUUUAUUAGUGUAGCCCCCACAAGUGGAAGUGGCUAUGUUGGCAGGAGAAGCUCUCCUGCUGACGUAUCACUAUCUACACAGGAGGUUAGGACUGUGUAAUUACAUUGCUCAGUGGAGUGGAUUUUUCACAUCUCUGAGCAAUAUAGUUAUACCGAAAAAUGUCUUUAGUGUAGACCAGACAGUUCUCUCUUGUGUUUUAUGCAUUUACAUCACUUCUCCUCUAUCUUCACCUACUUUGAAAGAUUAAAAAGUGUGAAAAGAGAGGUAUUUUUCCUCAUGAUGCACAUGGGCCACAUAUUUCAGAAGCUCCUGAGAUAUAUAUACUCAUAGAAGUGGUUGGGACCUACAUUGAGACGAACCACAAAUUGAGCCAGGGUUCAGUUGUUGGCAAUGGGCAUUAAAAGAAAACUAACAUAUAUUAUAAGAAUUUGUGAUCUUUGAAUAUGUUCUUGUUCCCAAUGAAAAUGAAAUUAUAGGUGAAGUUAUUGGUUAAAGAAUAAGAGACUAAUUGUAUGAUAAUAUGAAUUAUUUUGGAAAAGUGAUACUUGUUUUCUUGUUUUGUUAGUCAUACAGGAAAUGAUGGCUAAUCUUGAAAAGUUAAUUUGAUUUAAUUUACCCCCUGUAGUGUAAGAAGAUCCAGUAGAAAACCUCACUCCAAUGGUUGGGAUGGAAGAAUGUGUGUGAGAAAGAGUGUAUAAGAGAAUAUUGGUCCUGUAUAGAUUUUAACUUUUUGUGUUUCAAAUAGAACUUUCUUUGCUUAGUUUCAAAGUCUAUUUCUAUUAAAUAUUCGAAAAGACAAGGUGUAUAAGUUUUUACCCACUUAGACUGUAAGGGUUACUGACUUCCCCACUUCUCUAAUUUGCAAAGGAAAGGCAUGACAUCUGUCAUAGGAUGUGUUCAGCAGGUAGGGAAGCUGCAAUCGUCAACCAUCAAUAUGAAGGAAAAGGCUGAAGUCCAUUCCUUUUAGGUCAAUAAGACAUCUAAAGGCUGGUCUAUGCUGAAAAGCUAUGUUGACAUAGCCACAUCUCUGAGGGGUGUGAAAAGUCCUCUCCACUGAGAGAAGUAGUUAAUGUGACCUGAGCCCCACUGUAGACAGUGUUAGGUUGCCAGAAGAAUAUUUCCAGUGUUUGAAGUGUAGACAUAGCCUUAGACAGAUUGAUCCCCUAUGGGAAGCGAAUCAUGACAUCAAUUCCAAAUUUGACCCAUCUCCCUGUAUGUGAGAAAGCUGCUAGUAUGGAGGGCUGAGCCAGCUGUCCGAUCGCCUGGUUCCUCAACUGUAGCUACAGCUCUUAGUGCCCAUGAAUGCAAAGACUGAGAGAAAUGGAGAGUUCCAACCAUUGUCGUUUUAGUAUCUUAUUGUUCCUUUUUCUAUUUUUUGUGCUGGCCUUUCUAUUAUAUCAGGGUGUGACUGUGUAGCUCAGUGCAUGUGUGACAAAAGCUUAUUGGUGCCAAUUGGCAAAGGGGGUCAUUGUUAUUCACAAGCAACUCCUGUCUCAGACCUGACAAAUACACCACAGCUAAUACACUGCUUUUAUGAUAUUUAUCCAAGAAGCAUAGCAGUGAGAUCUCUACUGAGAGCUUGUAAAUUACUGAUACUCCUACGCACUACAAGAGGUGUGUACGAGUCAUAUUUAAGGAGUAAUGUAAGUACAUGGAAAAUUAUGCCCCUAUGGUAUUGUCAUGAAAGUGAGUCACCCCAAUCAUAGGUCUUGGUGGGGAUGGCCCAUUCAAGUGGGAGGGAAUUGUCUUCUGUUCCUUGCUGACCAAUUAUGCAAUGUAUUGCUCAAUUGUCAAUCUUUGCACCAACCCAGAAAAAUGAAUGGAAAACCAUCAAAGACAAACUAUAGACAUUGAAUCCUUGUGAAAGUGAAAAGGACAAUAUCACAAUGAGGAGAUUGUCCUUUCUGUGAAUAAAGAGAAAAGUCUGAUUCGGUUUAUAACAGGGUGGAGAAAAACACUCUGGGUCCAUUUGCCAAGGAGAUCCCUACUGACCAGUGGUUCUUUAUGAAAGGCAGGGCCCUGGCUUCUAGGGACUAGCAAUCAUUGCAAUAGACUGACGUGUGAGGUGAAAAUCUACUUAGAUAGGAAAGGUAACUAUUAAAAGUGGAGGUUGCAUUUUGUGAUUUUGUUUUGUUGGUAACAGUUGGUUUCCAUCACUCACAUUUGUUUCUGUUUAAAUCUCUAUCCCUUGUUAAAUAAAUUUCCGUUUGUUCAAUAACUG